AUGCUACUGAAGAUGGUGAUGUUAUCUUUACUUUUGCUGUUAUUGGCAAUUAAUUCUGCUUCGUCGGCCAAGAUAGCCGGUUUUGCAGCGGUUGGAGGGUCUGGAUACAUCAACAUGAGAAAUAUCAUGGAAGAACUGGCCUCUCGCGGCCAUGAGGUACACUAAAAUAAAUACAGAAUAUAUAUGUUGUGGUUCAAUUUUAUCCUUGGUUUAAAGUUUAUUUUUCAUUGUUUCAAUUAUCAUACAUUACCAUACCCAAAAACAAAGGGAAAGAAAAUUUAAACCAAGGACGAAAUUGAACCACACUUUGUGCUAUAUUUAAAGGACGCGAGCCUCAGAAAAAACCUUAUUUUCUAUAUCAGACGGACGCCUAACGGCUAACGUGGGUCUCGUGGGAGCUCGGUAGAUUUCAACUAGCUGGCUCAUAUGUCGAAAUCAAAUCACAAAUGCCUUCGAAGUUUUAACUUGAUUAGGCAGGGUUGCACGCUUAGAGGUAGAAGUUGAAUUUCGCGAACUUUGCUGUUAAUUCAUGAAAAAUUUUCCAAAGAUUUUACGAUUUUUGAAAAUCUUGUUGUCGUGACUGACCCAUCGCGAGGGCAACUCAUUAAAUAUUUGAAAUUAUUAUUAAAAAGUGACGGAUUUCACAUUGUAAUAAAACUCGAUAUUGCCCGGUUCUUUUUUUGCUAGUCAGCAUUUUCAGCAUAGAUCUUUCACUGCACAAAAAUAAUCAAACAGCUCAAAUAAUGCUUUUGCUACGGGGCGGCUGCGCGAUUGUAAAGGAGACUGUGACUGUGGACUGUGGACUGUGGACUGUGGACUGUGGACUACGGAUUGCUGACUAGGUAUAAUACGACAUCAGAUUUUGGCAGUAUUUCGGGCUUAAGGGGAAAUUUAAAACGGGAUAAAAGGAUUGCAAGUAAAUUUUAGGGAUUUAGGGAAAAUUUUAGACGGACUGAGGAAAACGUUCGCCAAGCACCUUUUUAUAGCGAUGUUUUUCAAAAGAUGCUGAUGCCAUUUUGCACCUGCUGUUAGUAUUAGCAUUGGACAUUUUUGAGGUUGCACGGAAGACUGCAGAGCGGGGGGGGGGGGCACUUUAGCAUGACUAUCUAAUUAAAUAUGCAUAUUUUGAUGAAAUGCUAUUUAGAACGAUUUGCUUCUAUCAAUGAUAGCAAAUGAACUUCAAAAUUGGAUGGCCUUAGCUUUUGUCACGUGACUUAUAAUUGAGAAUUAACAGUUAACAUAUUUAUUCUAAAAUGGGAAAAUGAUAUUAAGUUCUUUUUAGGUAUAUUUCAGAGGCUAUUAAAAAGGUUCUGAAAAAUUCACUUUGUGUGUAUGUUUACGUUACAUAGGAAUAGGUAAAUAAAGGGAAAGGGGUCACGUGACUUGUUAAUUUUUUAAACAUCUGAUAGGAUAAAUAACAUUUCCAAUCAUACAGGCCGAAUUUACGAUUUACACUGUUUAUGUAACAUUUUGGUGGUGAAAAUUCCUAAGAUUAAGGUUUUCAACCCUUCCCGUUUAGGAAACAGGCGUGUUUUGUGACGUCAUUGACGAAGCAAUGUCACGUUUUAUUUGAAAUCACGUUUUACGUGUUUUUUUUAUAUUGAGCCACAUUUCAGGAUCAUUGCUGGAAUCAAACCGGUUAAAAUAGCUUUUUACAAAAUAUUCAUAUUUAAUUAGGUAGUGCAAACAAGUUGUAUUAUGGGAGGUGCACAAAUGAUGAAUACAGAUAUUGUGUCAGGUCAGGAGUGGUCGUGCAGAUGCAAUGCAAAUGAUAAUCCUUCGGUAUUCAGUGUUAGUCACUACCAUGUGUAUUAUAUAGGUACUAUAUUGACGAAGAGGUGCAAAAGCCGUUUAAUGGGUUUAAAAACUGCGAUCCAAAGAGUGUUUUUUUUUAGCCAGCAAUUUGGCGUUAUUCGCGCCUUCCCUUCAAUAUUAUACCUAAUCUCGUGCCCAAAGGACCUGCUUGGUCACGCGCUACGUAUCGGAACGUUCUAGAUGCUGUGGGAAGGAGAUUGUAUUUUACUUGUUUUGUUUGCUGAAUUAUCAAUAUCUUAGGUCGCGCUCGUUGUUCCAUCCUCCCGUAAGUUGAAAACAACUGAUAGAUUGCCACUCAAGAGCCACAAGAUUUACCAAGUGCCAUACAAACCUGGCUUCGAGGAGGAGAUGAUUCGGCUUGAUAUAGAGGGACGCACUUUUCAGUUCUUCAUGAAAAUGAAUGAAGUAUUGUCUACGUUAUGCGAAAGCAUCUUGAACAGCACGGAAAUCCUAAAGGAACUAGAGGGUUUCGACUUGAUUAUUUAUGACGGCAUCAGCAAUGGUGCUUUAUUGAUCGGAGAGAAGUUCGAUAUUCCAAGGGUGGAGAUACUGCCCGACCCACCAAAUGUCCCAUUUGGCGGGUUCGCCCAUAUGAUUCCGAUGCCGGUGUCGUACGUUCCCCAGCUUAUCACCGAAUUUUCUAACGAGAUGACAUUUGUGGAGAGAGUACUCAAUUUAGGAGCAUAUUUGGUCUCUAAACUCGGAGUUAGUCUCCUCAGCUACAGAAAAAUGGACGCCUUAAAGGUUAAAUACAAUAUUAAACCUGAAAGAAGCUUCGAAGAAGCUCUUGCAGAUGCCAAAAUGGUUAUUAUCGGAGCAGAUUUUGCCGUGGAAUAUCCACAACCUCUUCUGCCAGGUAUGACAGCUUAUACGAAAAGCCUAAAGGAAAUUUAUCAUUAACCUAAGCCUAGGAGCCAGAGCUAAAUGUUGUUCAAGUGCUCCUCAGGAAUUUUUUGCUCCCCUAAAUUGAAGAGUACUAGAAUGUCGCUUUCUGGGCGUGGCUUAAACUCGCUUUAACCCCUCAAAAAAAUUUUGGAGGAACAUAAGUUCCUCCAGUUUUCGGCUUAAUUCCCUAAACAGCCUGCUUAGCAGGCGCGGUUCUCGUUCUUCUGACCAAAGGGAUCGCGGCCUCUGGGACAAGAACUGCCAGACCGGGCGAAAGAGAAAUUUUGGAGGCUAACCCCAUAUUUCUUAUGCAGCUACCACAAAAUCUAUACCCUAAAGGACCGCCCACCCCUUUCUUAAAGUCCCAACAACAGAUCGAACGGCAGAAAACUGAGCUGGGAGAAAUUAUAUAAAUUACCUCGCUUGUGAUAUUACAGCGCAUAACGAAUGCAGGAAUAAAGAAAUGACUAAAGUCGAUAACGGAAACGGCUUAGGAAUGAUAUUGUCAAAGAAUCAGUUCAUCAAUUAACAGGGGCACCCACCGACGGUUUCCUCCUAAAUGCAUUGAAAAUACUUUUUAGGCUAUCCAGAGUACUUCUAGAUCUCUAGCAGUGAAUUCUAAGCGGCGCUAUAAAAUUUACAUCUGUUCGGUCAUCCUAGGGGAACUUGAUUCUUAGUCUAAUAGUAAUAGUCUAACCUGGGGACUGAAAUGCGAAAAAUUGAACUUUAGAAAAUCAUAAGGAAUUUAUUUGAUAUGCUUCGAAAAUUGUACAUAAAUGGAACGGUCAUCUAGAAAUAUUUAGCCUUCCUCAAGCUAUAGAAAAUUGUAGGGAAUUUUUACUUCUCCAAACAUAUUUUACAGAAAACAGUCGUUGGGUGCUUCUGAAUAAAGUCUAUGGAUUGUAAUACGCUUAACCUGGUUUGACUUUAUUAAUACUAAACUGAUGAUUACGAACUGGUCUUUUUUGUUAGGUCAAGUCAUGGUUGGGGCUCUGAAUGUCAAAACAGCCAAGCCUCUUCCCCCAGAGUUGGAGAAAUUUGUAAGUGCCUCAGGAGAGCGUGGCUUCAUUAUCGUUUCCUUUGGAACCAACGUGGCUUCUCUUCCCAAAGCAGAGGUGGAUAUGCUCGCUGAAGCAUUUGGAAAGUUGAAACAAAGAGUUAUUUGGAAAGUCAGAGGUAAUCAUGGAAUGACGUCAUAUAUAUAGUUUGUAACUUUUUGUAAACUGGGGCUUAGUCAACGGGCAGGAUUUAAUAAUAAUAAUAAUAAUAAUAAUAAUAAUAAUAAUAAUAAUAGUAAUAAUAAUAAUGAUGAUGAUGAUGAUGAUGAUGAUUUGGAGGUAGCACAUCCACAAAGUAGUUCUUCGCCUACCUGAUUCCUGGUCGACUUGGAAUUUGGAAAUGUUGGUUUUUCAAGGGAGGUGAAAACCGGAAUAGCCGGACCAAAACCUAUCGGAGCAAAGGAGAGAACUAACAACAAACUCAACCAAAUGGCGAAUGGCGUCAACGCCGGGAUUUGAACUCGGGCCACAUUGGUGGGAGGCGCCAGUGCUCUCACUACUACGCCAUCCCUUGCUCUCCUCACGUGAGACUUCACGUGAUGAGGUGUAGAAUAUGGUAGAGAAAGUAAUGAUUUAAUAGGUGAUUGCAAGGUCAGUGCGCUGAAAGUCAUUACUGCAAGUCGGUACGUAGUACUAGACAAAUUGAGGGGCUAGCGUUCGACACGUCACGCUUUCAAGAGUUUCUUUGCAUCUCCUCUGCACCUUACAAACCUCAGCCCUAGUACACAACGAUAACGGUGUUUAGAAACUAACUCCUUCAACCUUGAUUUCCGAAUCAAAUCAGGAUGACUCUAUUCUUUUCCAGGUUACAUACCUUCUUCCCUGAGCCCAAACAUCAAAGCACUGGAGUGGUUACCUCAGAAUGAUCUUCUGGGUCACAAGAACAUUAAGGCGUUUGUGUCUCAUGUAGGGCACAAUAGUCUUUACGAGUCGGCGUAUCAUGGGGUUCCUGUGGUGGCGUUUCCUUUGUUUGGAGACCAGUACUCCAAUGCAAAGAAAAUAUCUCAUCUUGGUCUUGGUUUAUCUGUGCAUCACCGAACUACUAGCGUGCAGCAGGUGGUUGAAACGAUUGAAACUGUUGUUUCUGAACCACGGUAUUUUGUCGUUUUUCUUUUCUCCCAUUAAGUUUACCAAGAAUGUAAAGCCAAAGGAGCUUUUAUACAGGGCAGGGGCGGAUCUAGGGGGAGGGUGCAGGGGGUGCGCACCCCCCCUAAGAUGACCUGUGGCUUUCUAAUACAACUGGUAUUCUGUAAAAAAAAUGUGGUUUAUUGGUGUUGACGUAGAGUAUGAGACGAGUGCACCCCCUCCUAAAAAAAAUCCUGGAUCCGCCCCUGCAGGGGAACUUCACGUAAGAGCAUUUGAAAAAAAGGGGAUGCAAAGUAUAGCAACAAGUAGAAAAUUGAUAACAGGGUGUUUUCACUCAUGUGGUUAUUGUCUAUGCAAAUGUAUUGCGACAAAAGAAAGUGUUUACAUGAGAAAAAGAGUUCAACUUCCACAGGACUAGUUUGCAACUCCUACAUGGCCGCUCUCUUUUGGGAGACCAACAUAGAGAACGGGACGCCAUGUGACAUGGCUCUAUACUGUUGAUUAGCGUUGAUUUUAAUAUCCGUACUUUUCUUUUCAUCCUUUACGGGGUCAAAAAUUUGGCGCAAUAUUCCUUCUCUCGUCUUUUGUUCAUACCAGCAUUUCCCUUGCGUCCGCCGACCUUCGCUUUGUUCAUACCAAUCCAAGGAUUGUUUUUAAUCCUCGAUUAGUUCCACUACAUCUUUAGACUCUAAUUCGAGUGUUUCUCACUGGCUCCUGGGCUAGGAUUUGAAGUCGCCUGCACAAUGACGCGACUCAUUGCUCUUCUUGUUGUAGUUUUUGAACGGGCCUCACGUUUCUAGAUUAAAGUAACCUGAAUUUCAUUAAACAUUCGCCACAUAAGAAACGAGACAAAAACUGGGCCGAAUUAACUUUCGCAAAGACUUCUGGGACUGUUGUAGGGAACAGGGAAAAACAUUGACCAAUAGCUGACUGGCGCGUCCCCAGUAACGAUCCCAGAAGCAAUUGCGGGACGCAUUUUGGCUCCAGUUUCCCCCUCUCGUUUGAAUGUUAACAUACAAAUGAAUCCAUCUGUCUGUUUUGUCCUUUUAGAUUUAAAUCCAAUGCAAUGCACAUCUCCAGUCUGUUAAAAGAUCGCCGACGCGCUCCUCUUCAAGAAACUGCUGACUGGAUAGAGUAUGUACUCAGACAUGGUGGAGCUCGUCAUCUCAGGGCUCAAGUGUUUAACAUCCCUUGGUAUCAGUACUACCUACUUGACGUCAUAGCUUUCCUUGUUGCUAUGAUAACCUUGGCUGUCACGGUGAUAAGGUUGGCAUGUCACUGCAUACGUCGUUUGUGCUGUAAGAAGGACAGCGACAAAGCUAAGAAGGAAUGA